UUGAUUCUUCGGCAGACAGAAACAAUAAGCAAGAUGAUGAGGCGCCAAAGUGAAAGAAGCUCUCCCUCUCCUCUCUGCUUCGCACGCCUCGCCACCUUCCACGACGAGCUCCUACAGUCCUACCUAGACGUAAGCCGGCGCCGCCAUGGUGAUCUCGGUGCCCGCGGCCCGGCGCUCCACCUCCGUACGCGACGCCGUGCUGGGCGGCGGCGGGCGGCAGCUGUACCAGCCCCUCCGCUGCGCCUUCUACGACGGCCUGGCCGCCGCGCUGUCCGAGUCCGAGGAGCCCUCCGACUCGGACGCCGCCGCCCGCGUCCCCGCUGGCUGCAAGCGGCAGGCGGCGAGGAACGUGCUGAUCCUGAUGAGCGACACCGGCGGCGGCCACCGCGCCUCCGCCGAGGCCCUGCGCGACGCCUUCCGCAUCGAGUUCGGCGACGCCUACAAGGUGUUCGUGACGGAUCUGGGGAAGGAGUACGGCGGGUGGCCGCUGAACGACAUGGAGCGGUCGUACAAGUUCAUGAUCCGGCACGCGCGGCUCUGGAAGGUGGCGUUCCACGGCACCUCCCCGAGAUGGGUGCACGGCGUGUACCUCGCCGCGCUUGCCUACUUGUACGCCAACGAGGUGGUGGCUGGGAUCACGAAGUACGAGCCGGACAUGAUCAUCAGCGUGCACCCGCUGAUGCAGCACAUCCCGCUAUGGGUGCUCAAGUGGCAGCAGAGCCUGCGCCAGCACCACCCCAAGGCGGUGGUGCCCUUCGUCACCGUCGUCACCGACCUCAACACCUGCCACCCGACAUGGUUCCACCACGGCGUGACGAGGUGCUACUGCCCCUCGGCCGAGGUGGCGAGCCGGGCCCUGCUCCGGGGCCUCAGCCCGUCCCAGGUCCGCGUCUUCGGGCUGCCCAUCCGGCCCUCCUUCUGCCGCGCCGUGCUCGACAAGGAUGAGGUGAGGAAAGAGCUGGGGCUGGACCCUCAGCUGCCCGCUGUUCUGCUGAUGGGAGGCGGCGAGGGGAUCGGCCCGGUGGAGGAGACCGCGAGGGCGCUCGGCGAGGAGCUCUACGACCGCCGGAGACGGCGCCGGGUGGGACAGGUCGUGGUCGUGUGCGGCAGGAACCGGGCGCUGCGGUCCACCCUGCAGUCUCUCAGAUGGAAGGUCCCUGUCAAGAUCAGAGGGUUCGAGACACAGAUGGAGAAGUGGAUGGCCGCCUGCGACUGCAUCAUCACAAAAGCUGGUCCUGGUACCAUCGCAGAGGCACUCAUACGAGGGCUUCCUAUCAUCCUGAACGACUUCAUCCCUGGACAGGUCAAGUAGCAGCAUCUCGCUAAUCUGGUUACUGAAACUAUCUUCUUCGAGUUAGGAAGUCGGGAACGUCCCAUAUGUCGUGGACAACGGUGCCGGCGUGUUCUCCAAGGACCCAGGGGAGGCCGCGAGACAGGUCGCCCGCUGGUUCAGCAGCAGCAGCACAGACGGGGACGAGCUCAGGAGAUACUCGCGUAACGCGCUGAGGCUAGCGCAGCCCGAGGCGGUGUUCCACAUCGUCAGGGACAUCCACAAGCAGCUCCAGCGACAGCCUGCCGCGGUCACCCGGAUCCCCUCCCGCUCGCUGACCUCGUCCUUCCCGUACCAUAUGUGAAAUCAAGAAUGCUACUGCAGUUACGUUUUCUGCUGCAUGUUGGAUAAUAUUAUGCUUGGGACUUGAUGUAUGCCUAACCUUUUGAAGAACCUGUAUAUUAUAUUAUAUUGUAUAUAAGAAUUGCUCUCUGUUCUGUUCA